UCUGCGUAACAAACCAGGGGGCUGAGCCAUGUACUUAAUGUGGUAUUUAUUCAUAUACUGGGAAAAUCACCGUUGAAGUCAUGUCGUGGAAGAAAUGACGGAUUUAAAACAGCCUUUAACAUGGACGAAAGCACGUGCAGGCUGCUGGUGAGGCUCGCGCAGGAGGGACAGCUGAGCUCUCUAGAGGAAGUGAUAUCUUCAGGCGGCUCGGCGGCGGUUCAGACCGUCAGCAGCAAACACUUCGGACGGUCGGGGGACACCCUGCUGCACUACGCUGCCAGGCGGGGACACCUGGACAUGGUGGAGUACCUGAUAAAGCAGCUCGGCGUGGAUGUGGAGGCGCACAACAACGACUACAAGAGGCCGCUGCACGAAGCUGCUUCUAUGAGCCACCAGGCGUGUGUUAGCUAUCUGCUCCGGGAAGGAGCCACGGUGGACAGCUUGAAGAAAGCUGACUGGACUCCACUGAUGAUGGCCUGCACCCGGAGGAACCUUGGCGUGGUCCAGGAGCUGCUGUGCCGCGGCGCCGACCCCGCGCUGAAAAACAAGGACGGCUGGAACUCCUUCCACAUCGCCUGCAGGGAGGGCGAUCCCCUGGUCGUCCGGCACAUUCUUGUUGCCGCACCGGACGUCUGGAGGACGGCGAGCAAGACGCGCCGGACUGCGCUGCACACUGCAGCGAUGCACGGCCGUGAGGAGGUUGUUCAGAUCUUGCUGGAGAGAUGUGGCUAUGCCCCGGACUGCACUGACAGCUGUGGAGUCACUCCUUUCAUGGAUGCCGUCAGGAACGGACACGUGUCUGUGGCCCGGCUGCUUCUAGAGAAACACCAGGCGUCUCCAACAGCAGCUGACGUACUCGGGGCUCAGGCGGUGCACCAAGUCGCCGUCACCGGCCAGGAGGAGGCGCUGCGGUUCCUGGUGCUGGACUUAAACGUAGACGUGAAUCAGAGGGCCACUGGUGUCCAGCUCACUGCCCUGCAUUACGCUGCAAAGGAGGGCCACACGUCCACGAUACAAACUCUGCUGGAGCUGGGGGCAGAUCUUCACGCUCGGGACCAAAAGGGAAGAACUGCCCUUCACAUGGCCUGCAUCGGGCAGCACGCCGCCGCCGCCAGGACUCUCCUGCAGCUGGGACUCCGAGACUCCGAGGACGCAUGUGGCGCGACAGCGAUGCAGCACGCCAGGAAACCAGACGUCGUGCGAGUGUUUGAACGUGGCCUACCAGACCCACCGUGACAUCACAUUAGUGACACGGGGCACAGAUCUGAACCUGAAAACCUUUCAUGUGAUUAAAGUCAAUCAAUCUAGGGUGGAAUAAACCUCAACUCGUACCGUGUUGUGGGGUGUAUUGUUGAAUGACAGAAUAUUGGGACCUCAAUCUCAUUGCAUCUCAUAUAUUUACAUCGGACCGGACUUUUGCGCGACAAAAUGUAACUUCAAAAGUCCACAAGGAUGUUUGUGCCAAGAGGCCGGCCUCUCCACCACACAGGAGCAAGUAUGUUGUUUAAAGAACGCUGUGCAGUGAGGUGUAGGUAGAUAUUAUUGGACAAAUUAUAUAUAUCUUAUACACCUGCCUGUGUAUGAUAUUUGUACAAUUGUUGCUACGAUGACGGACACAAAGCAAAACCUAAGCUUUAAAUAUUAGCAACCAUCUCUGAUAGUUCUAUGGUCUUUUUUUUCAGAACUAGUGUAUGUAAAUGAUAAUGUGUUUGAAGAAUUGAAUGUAGUUGUAAGCUGCCGAGUUGAGUUACUCGGGGAAGUAAAACAGAGGCUGACUUUGUGAGCUCAACAACAGGUGUG